UGAUAUUUAUUUUUCUCAUCUCUGCCUUUCAGUCUGUGGUUGAGUGAGUGACACAUUUUCAUUGACUUGACCGUCCGUUCAUAUCUUUUUAUCGGAUUGAAAAAUACAAAUUGCAAUAAUGGUGGAUCGUUUAGUGAAUAGUGAGGCUAAUUCCAGAAGGAUUGCUAUGGUGGAGAACUGCUUUGGCAGCUCCGGACAACCUUUAGCAGAGCAAGGCAGGGUACUUGUUGGCGAGGGUGUCCUAACAAAAAUGUGUCGGAAAAAGCCAAAGGCUCGUCAAUUCUUCCUUUUCAAUGACAUAUUGGUGUACGGUAACAUUGUCAUUAACAAGAAGAAAUACAACAAACAACAUGUCAUUCCAUUAGAAGAAGUAAAAUUGGAAUCACUUAAAGAUGAAGGACAGUAUCGUAAUGGCUGGCUGAUCCGCACAGCUUCAAAAUCGUUCGCGGUGUACGCGGCUACCGCCACAGAAAAAGAAGAAUGGAUGGCGCACAUAGACAAGUGUAUAGAGGACUUGCUCAGAAAAAGCGGCAAGCAGCCACCAUUGGAACAUGCAGCGGUGUGGGUGCCUGACAACGAGGCGUCAAUCUGCAUGCACUGCAAGAAGACACAGUUUACCGUCCUCAACAGGAGGCAUCAUUGCCGCAAAUGCGGUUCGGUAGUGUGCGGCCCGUGCUCGUCCAAGAAGUUCCUGUUGCGCGGACAGAGCGACAAGCCGCUAAGAGUGUGCCUGCAGUGCUACGACGAGCUCAACCGCGAGCGGGCGCGGCCCAACCAACCACUGCCCAACACACCAAAAUCGGUGCCGGACACAGCUGGCUCCGGCGGCGACUCGUCCGCUGACGACGACGAUAGCGAUGACGAUGACGAACGCGUCAAGGCUGACGAAACACAUGAUGAGGGAUUUACAAGUUAUAACGGUGUCAAAAACGGCUAUGGGAAAAAAGUGACGACUGUAUAGUACAAGUUGAUAUUGUCCAAAGUUUUACAGUGACGGCGAUAAGACUGAAGAAACCAACAACCAUUCGUCCAAGGAGAGCGCCAAUUGAGACCAAUAUCGAUACAGGUCUACAAUAGCUAUAUUUUGUACAGGGUCCUAAAUUUAUUAAUCGAAAACUUUGCAAACAUCGGUGACUGUUUUUAUAACAAAAUUUUAUAUUACAUAUUUAAGGAAUAUUUGCACUUUAGAAAUAUACUUUCAAUGAUAAUCACAAUAAAAGAGCUUAAUUAAGUGUUUAGAUCAAACAGUUUCACCUUUUUGAACGACAAGUCAUAAUAGGAGUCACAAUGACUUUAUAUUCAGCCAUGGGUACGCUAUGACAACUUUAUUAUAAUAAAAUAUUGUAUUGCAAUGUUACAAAAAUAAUUUUACUGUUGUCAUCUGUGACUUGAGCAGUAAGAUUUCGAUUAAUAAAUUGAGAUCAUUUUACCACGGGAAUACUUUCCAAUUACCUUUUUUUUUUAGAAAUUAUUAUAUUUUGUCUCGAUGUACGAAACUUCACCACGAGGGCCUUUGAAUUUUCUAUAAAUACUGUAGAAUGCUAGGAAAUUUUCCACGAGAUUUUUUGACGGAAAUUCAAAAUUUUCCCUAUUUUUUACGAUCCUACGACUUCCUAGAGUUGGUUUAGACGGGAAAAUGGUCGAGCACUUUUAAGAUAAAUAGAAAUCAACAUUAUUUUUAUGAUUAAUGUUGCUUCCUAUUUUCAACUUUAACCUUCAUUGAAUAGGUUUGAUACUUAGUUACAUUUAAAAAGUGCUUAUAAUUUUUCCCUCCUGACCUGAACCCUAAGCCGAAAGUAUAAGAUUUAAAAUGGUUUUGAAUAAGACGCUCAUUAUAAUUUUGCUAUGCAGCUUUAAACGCUCAAACACAAGAGGGCACUAUUAUUGUUUAAUUUAAAUUGUAUUUAUUUUAAACUAUUGCUAGACUUAUCAUGGUUCUAACGUUUUUUUAACAUUGUAUGUUAGGUUUAGUUUUAAUGUUAUUAUGACAUACAAUAUUUAAUAUUUACAUGAGUUAGCGUAUUUUAUUACAAACUUUAUUAUAGUUUAUAUUUUGCUAUUUCGAUUGUUGGAAGUUGCAGUUUCGUGUCACUUUGGGGUGAAAUAUUUUGGGGAAUUUCUAAAUUUAUUUAGGAAAUAGUUAAAUGUUAAUUGGUGCCAAUGUUUGCCGAUGUUUAUGAAGGUUUAAUAUUUAAUCCCAAAGUGAUUGCGGCUAUCCUAUAUCUUGUAAACUAAUCUAUAACGUUAUAUGUAUAUUAGAAAAUUAGAAAUAAGUGGUGCAAUGUGUAACAUGUAUUUUUGUUCGGAAGACGAUUAAGUUUAGGUAUUUAAUUACGGCCGGCUUGCAGGAAACGUCUUGGCCUAUCAAGACUUAUUUAUUUACUGAUAAAGUAACAUAGGCCUAAAUGUUAACAAAUUACACAAAUACUAUUUUUCUGUUAAUUACCAAAAUAUUGAUAAGUGAAAUAUCUUAGGCAUAUUUAAUUUUCAGUUGACAAAUACACAAUAUUUUUUAAACA